UUUGCAUUGACAAGAAGCGUCCAGACGUUGCGCACACGGGCUGAAGUUUAGUUUAACUUCCAGCGUCUCCAGUGACCGAGUGGUUGACCAUGCUCAACGAGGAAUAAAGAGAAGAAGCAACACAAAAAGCCGGACUGGAUGUGACUCAUAUGAAUUAUGCUUCUGACUUUAAUUUACUGAGUGGGAACGCGCUCGUCUGGGCUGUGGUGGAUAUAUGGUUGACUCAAGAACCCAUAACAUUUGUGUUAUAAUUUGCUUCGGGGGAACUAACUAGCCAUUGUGAUGGAGAGUCGCGUGACAUGGAUGCUGUUGUGUGUGCUCCUGCGGCCGCUGGCUACACAGAACCCCGCACCUGAAGGAGUGCUGAACUGCUGCGAGGGCGACGUCCUCUUCUUAGUGGAUUCCUCAGGGAGUGUGUCGUCCUACGAGCACUCCCGCAUGCUCACCUUCCUGUCCGAGCUCCUCCUCCCCUUUUCUCUGGGAGAGGACCAGGUGAGGGUUGGACUUCUGCAGGUGGGCACCAAACCACGCCUCGAGUUUGGCUUCAACACCCACAGCACCCAAAGUGGCUUACAGGAGGCUUUGAGGCACAUCAAACCUCUCAGGGGGGACACCAACACGGUGGAGGCACUGAGAAUGGCAAAGGAGAGUGUGCUGAGACCCGGAGCAGCAGACGGGGCCAGGGCGGGGCUCCCGAGGGUGCUGGUGUGGUUGACGGAUGGGGUGAAACCAGGUGAUGUGAUUGGACCAAUGGCCGAGCUGCGGGAGCAGGGCGUGGCUGUGCUGGUGGUCUCCACUGGGCAUGGCAACUAUCAGGUGUUGAGGCAAGUGGUGUCUCCGCCCGUGGAAAGCAACCUGUACUUUGUGGACAUCGAUGAUUUGAGUAUCAUCACAGAAGACCUGCGGGAUGCCAUCAUUGAGAUUAUCCGAGCUGAGCGAAUGAACGUCCGUGACGUCUCCACCAACUCGGCCACGCUCCAGUGGCGACCCGUUCUGUCCGGUUUGAAGGGCUUCUAUGAGAUUCGCUUCGGCCCGGUUCCAACAGAAGGAGCAGGAGGCGGUGGAGGAGGUGAUGGGACCAGUCCGAGCACCAGUGGUAGUCAGUACCAGAGAAUAACUCAAUCUGCAGAUUCCAGCACUACCAGGCUAACAGGCCUGAAGCCUGACACCAAGUACACAGCCACACUGACCCCGGAGUCCAAUGAUCAAGCAUUUAACAUGCUCUCCGUCACCUUCCAAACAAAGCCAGAGGUGCUCAGCCCAGCUGUGGUAACGAUCUCUGACUCGGGGGAAACCAGCGUUCGGGUGAGUUGGGGUCCUUCUCAGCCGGAGAAGGUUACAAGCUACUACAUCGAGUACUCCGCCCUGCCCAGGGGCAAGCUCCACGCUGUCACCGUGGGCCGAACGCAAAACUCCACGCUCCUCAGGGACCUCCAACCAGAUACCACUUACUUGGUCACCGUCAGUGCCCGGCACCACUCGGGCACAGAGAAGGCCAUGUCUGUCAAAGUGUGCACUCAGGAAGUGACUCCAGCCCUGACAGACCUCCAGCUGACCACAGUGGGUAGUGACUCAGUGCAGGUCGACUGGAAGAGCAACUCAGGUGGUCUGAGGGGCUACUGGCUCACCUGGGAGGGACAACAAAGCUCUAUCUCUGGCCAGCGCUCCUCCUUCUAUCUGCCACCCGACUCUCUGUCAACGCGCCUCACACAUCUCCCUCCAGCAACUAGAGUGUGCGUGUCACCCAUUUACCGGUCGGCACGAGGAGAGGGACUGUGUUGCACGACGCAGUUCCAUUCAGACGCAUUAGCAUAUGGCUACCAGUCAUAGCACCCUGAGUUACAAGUGCACCUUACCAAACAUGGAGGGACGAUGGCGAGAAGAAUGCUGACUUUCAUCCAUAAUUCUUUUCCGUGCCUCUCCCCUCUGUGGAUAUGAUCCAGGAGAGAUGUGUGGCUUGGCUUACUGAGCACUCAUGUGGAAGCCAUAGACACUUAAGAGUGGUCUAGGACAUUACGGCAACAUGUUGACUGCUACAAUCUGCAACACAGCGGACAAUUUUCUUUUCUAUUUCCUUUGUCUCUUCUUGUUUAAGCCUUUAGCAAAUGUAUAAUGUUUCAGUGUAGAGACAUAAGUGUGAGAUAAAGACAUUUCUUGGUUCUGUUUUGCAGAUACAGAGCAGCGCAUGUUGGGAAUGUUGGAUGUUUUAUGUGAUUUGUUUUGGAGAAAGGCUUUGCACCAUAUGUGGGACUCAUGCCCAAAUCUGCAUUUUAUUUUUUAAAUCCUGCUAACACACAGACAACAUCUGACUUACAUUUAUAAUGAAUACUUAUGAAUUGUACUUCUCUUUCAGCACAUGUUUCACACUUGUGGAGUGCAAACAGGGAAUGUCAACGUGAGGUCUCUAAUAACAGGAUUUUCAGGAUUAUAUUAAAUUUGAAAGAAAUUACGAAUAGACCAUCCACAUGUCCUGAAUGUGUGUAACUGAGAGCAGCCUUGUUUUGGUCUCUGGACAUAGAUCCAUCAUUCAUAUUUAUUAAUCAAGAAUCAUGUAAGUAUGAUAAUUAAAAGUAUUUACAGACAGGCUGUUUACAUAUUAAGACUUAACGUUUUUUUAAGCAAGUCUCUGCUGCCACCUACUGAAACGAUCCUUACUGGUUUAGAGCUGAUCUUUCACUGUUAUCCUCUCAGAGCAAAUGUAUUGUUUAAUGUUUGUUGACCACUAUUUGAAAUUUAACAUGAGCUUGCAAUAAAGUCCUUUAAUAAUUUUGUUUAUAUUAA